GCCUUGCGCAGAGCCCAGCAAGCAAGUUAUUCUUGCGAAUGAGUGGUUAGAGAAGGCGUUUAUGGUGGCUAUCGCGGAUAUUGCGGAGCAUGGCUAUUGCGGAGAAUAGUCCUGAGGUGUCGAACCCUGCAAGACCCUUCGUGUUUCGUCGAUCGCCUGUGAGUCAGCAAGGCGUGAGAAUCAAGCUACGGGAAACACUCGGUCGAAAAGUAAGGCAGAGUUGCUGAUGGAAACUGAAGGUUCAUGAUCCAGACUUUCGGUCAAUACCUUUCGAAAGGUGACCCUGUCCGAUGUGAAGACGCGCACGGACAUGUGGAAGCAAAUCUUGGCGGCACGUGCACCACGGGCCUUCGCACUCUGAACAAAAUUCUCCCGCCGCCGCCUCCCUCUUGAAGCCGUCACGCACAAUUCCUCACCAAAAGAACCCGAUUCUCUUGGAAGACAGCCAGCAUCAUGUCGAAGAUCACUGUCGCCGGAGUGCGCACCAACGUGCAGGAGCUCCUCAACUACUCCCUCAAUGAGAAGAAGCGCAACUUCCUCGAGACCGUCGAGCUCCAGAUCGGCCUCAAGAACUACGACCCCCAGCGUGACAAGCGUUUCUCUGGUACCGUCAAGCUCCCCAAGGUCCCCCGCCCCAACAUGGCCAUCUGCAUUCUCGGUGACCAGCACGAUAUCGAUCGUGCCAAGCACUUUGGUGUUGACGCCAUGUCCGCUGAGGACUUGAGAAAGCUCAACAAGAACAAGAAGCUGAUCAAGAAGCUCGCACGCAAGUACGAUGCUUUCAUCGCUUCCGAGGCUCUCAUCAAGCAGAUUCCUCGUCUUCUCGGCCCCGGUCUUUCCAAGGCCGGCAAGUUCCCCACCCCCGUCUCUCACGCUGAGGACCUCUCCAACAAGAUCACCGAGGUCAAGUCCACCGUCAAGUUCCAGCUGAAGAAGGUUCUGUGUAUGGGUGUCGCUGUUGGCAACGUUGAGAUGACCGAGGACGAGCUCAUCGGUAACAUCAUGUUGUCCAUCAACUACCUCGUCUCCCUGCUCAAGAAGGGCUGGCAGAACGUUGGAAGCUUGACCAUCAAGGCUUCCAUGUCUCCCCCCAAGCGCGUCUACUAGAGGACAUUUAUUUGUUCGAUAGUGUGGUGUGUACUCUUUUUUGAAAAAGAAACGAUCAAUACUGUUAGCAAGCACGUAGAUGAAAAUCAAGAUGACUUGCAGCACCC